UUUAAGUAGAACUGGAACUUCCGGCAAAUGACUACAUAGCGAAAGGUGAAAGUGCUGUUGUUUGUUAUCAAAAUCGUUGUUUGUUUUCAGUUUCCGGUCAUAAUAACCAACAAGAGAUCAACUUUCGCGGCUAUUAACAAGGAAACAUAGAAAGUACUGAGACUUUGAGCUCUGAAGUGUGUGUUUGGACAACUGUUAGCGAACAUUAGCACACGAGCUAACCGGCUAGCUCGCUCAGCUGAUACCUGGACGCAGAAACCUGGAGCUGGACGCGCUCCGUGUCGGACCUCUAACCCGUGUUAGAACCGUUUCUCCUGCGCUCAGAACGGAGAAUCUUCCCGUUUCAUGUGUGACCUGGGGCCGGUUUGGACUUUUUAAUGGGAGGCGGCUUGCUUUGGAGGAGUGGACACUGCGGGCGCCAGUUGCGAAGAAAGCGGAGGUCCUGGCUACCUGUCGGGCUCAGAUGGAGUCUCUGGCCGGGUACGUGUACAAGGCAGCCAGCGAGGGCCGAGUCCUGACCCUGGCCGCGCUGCUGCUCAACCACUCGGAGGGAGAGACCCGGUACCUGCUCAGCUACGUGACCCAGCUCGCCGGACAGAGGUCCACCCCGCUCAUCAUCGCGGCCCGGAACGGACACGAUAAAGUGGUCCGGCUGCUCCUGGACCAUUACCGAGUGGACACGGAACAGACCGGCACGGUUCGGUUUGAUGGCUACGUCAUCGACGGGGCCACGGCGCUGUGGUGUGCAGCAGGGGCGGGGCACUUUGAGGUGGUGCGCCUGCUGGUGAGUCACCAUGCCAACGUUAACCACACCACCAUCACUAACUCCACCCCCUUGCGGGCGGCGUGCUUCGACGGGCGCCUCGACAUCGUCUGCUACCUGGUGGAGAACAGCGCCGACAUCAGCAUCACCAACAAGUACAACAACACCUGUCUGAUGAUCGCCGCCUACAAGGGCCACACGGACGUGGUGAAGUUCCUGCUGGAGCAGGGGGCGGACCCCAACGCCAAGGCCCACUGCGGGGCCACCGCCCUGCACUUUGCAGCUGAGGCGGGUCAUCUGGACAUCGUCAAGGAGCUGGUGCGUUGUCAGGCAGCUAUGGUGGUGAACGGACAUGGCAUGACUCCCCUGAAGGUGGCGGCCGAGAGCUGCAAAGCUGACGUGGUGGAGCUGCUGCUGACAUACGCCGACAUCGACAUCCACGACCACAUCGAGGCCCUGGAGCUGCUGGGAGCCUCAUUCGCCAACGACCGGGAGAACUACGACAUCCAGAAGGCGUACGAGUUCAUGUACAUGGCCAUGUUGGAGCGCUACAGCAACCCUGAGAAUAUCAUCGCCAAGGAGCUGCUGCCGCCCAUCGAGGCCUACGGGGGGCGCUGCGAGUGUCGGACACUUGUGGAGCUGGAGACCAUUUGUAUGGACCGGGACGCUAUGCACAUGGAGGGGCUGAUGAUACGGGAGCGAAUCCUGGGCUCGGACAAUAUCGACUUGUCACACCCCAUCAUCUACCGCGGCGCCGUCUACGCCGAUAACAUGGAGUUUGAACAGUGCAUCAAACUGUGGCUGCACGCGCUGCGUCUGCGUCAGAAAGGAAACAGGAACACACACAAAGACCUGCUGCGCUUCGCCCAGGUGUUCUCCCAGAUGGUCCACCUGAAGGAGCAGGUCCUGGCCUCGGCUGUGGAGCAGGUGCUGAGCUGCAGCGUGGUCGAAAUUCAGAGAAGCAUGUCUCGAGUCGACACGGCGGCCGAGUCCGAGCUGCCGCAGGCCAUGGACAACUACGAGUCGAACGUUUUUACUUUUCUGUACCUGGCCUGCAUCUCCACCAAGACGACCUGCGGCGACGAGGAGCGUGCACGCAUCAACAAGCACAUCUACAACCUGAUCCAGCUGGACCCGCGCUCCCGUGAAGGCGCCUCCCUGCUCCACCUCGCCAUCAGCUCCAGCACACCUGUCGACGACUUCCACACCAACGACGUCUGCAGCUUCCCGAGCGCGCAGGUCACCAAGCUGCUUCUGGACUGCGGCGCGCAGGUCAACGCCGUCGACAACGAGGGAAACACCCCGCUGCACGUCAUCGUCCAGUACAACCGGCCAAUCAGCGACUUCCUCACACUGCAUGCCAUCAUCAUCAACUUGGUGGAGGCCGGCGCCCACACGGACAUGACCAACAAGCAGAAGAAGACGCCGCUGGAUAAGAGCACCACGGGCGUGUCGGAGAUCCUGCUGAAGACGCAGAUGAAGAUGAGCCUGAAGUGCCUGGCGGCGCGCGCCGUUCGCCAGCACCAGAUCACCUACAGGAACCAGAUCCCCAAAACGCUCGAGGAGUUUGUGGAGUUCCACUGAAACGGACCGGAGAGGACAGAAACUUUUAAAAUAAAUUCUUAUAAUUUUCUAACCAAUCAGUGCUGAGGGGGACAUUCAGUACUUACAGCUUUUUAUAAAAAAAAGUGGGCGUUUGUUUUUUUAUUUAAUUAUUAACCGCUGAGAAGCAGCCGCCACAGACGGGGAUCUGUCUGUGUCUCUGCAGCGCCGCCACUGCGAGACGCCAGGAGUGACGUCAUCGCCGCGCUGCUUCUUGAUUUUGCCUUAUCUUCUCGCCGAAGAGCCGCCAUGUUGCUGUGAUUCCACAGACUGAGUGAACGAGUGAGUGUGACGCAGAGACGAGGAGAGAGAGCUACAGGCGGAGAAAAUGAACGAAUGAAUGUACGAAUGAGACGCCAACAGACAAAACCUGACCUCGCCGGCGUUCAUCUCAUCUCAGACCGUAGGACGAGGGUUUAUUUUACUGUAACCACGACGACGACAACAACAGAGCUGACAGAGCGAUGACACAUGAUCUGACCGCUUAUGAUCAGGCUUUAAAUUAAUUUUAAGGGUUUUUUGUGCAGACGAUAUUUCUCUUGGCGCUUUUCUCUAAAAACUGAACGACACGGCCGACAGAGUGCAGACCGCCCCCAGAAAAAAUCAUUUUACUCGAGACGAGGGGGAUUUAUUGAUUUCAGCUCUUAGUUUUAAUAAGGGGGAAAUAUUUGUGUAUAAAGCAACGUUUAGGUUUGAGCCUCAUUGAAGGUUUUCUUAAUCCUGUUGGAGGAAGAAGUGAAUGUUUAAUAAAACAUGAAGUGGCGCCGUUUGAUGCUGUGUGUGGAGUAAAGUCGGGCUGUCUGCACACGCUCGGCCAUGUAGCGUCCUUUCUUUUAGGGGUUAAACAUAUUUAUAAAAUCUUCCUUCAUCCUGUUGUUUUUUUUGUUCUUUUAACUCCUGAGAGGCUCGUUCAUGAAUUUUUGUUUUUUAAAGUUUUAUCUUUUAUCUUAAGACAAAAGAACAGAAACCCCGAGAGUUCCAGCAGAGAUAGAGAGAUACCCUCGUUUUUAGUAAAUUAUCAGAUUUUUUUAUAUUUAAGAAUAAAAGAGGCGGACGGACAGACGAGGACCAGGGUCACACGUGAGCACGUUAUGAAGAAUAACCUCAGAAAUGUUUUCAUACUUUUAACGUUCUUUUCGUUCGAUUAGCGCUGAUUAGAAGUCUGAAUUUUUACCCAAAUAUUGUUCAUAUUUAAAUCAUGUUUAACCUCUUAGCACCGUGUCCACCUGGUGUUUGUUUUCAGUGAGGAGAGAGAGAUCGCAGAAUCAGGCUGCCAACCGGAGAAAAAAGCGCAGCGCCCAGCGUCUUUUUUUAGUGUGCUCCACCUUUUUGUGCGGCCGCUCUGAGCGCUCAAGUUGAAAAGGCGCUGUUGACAUCACCGGCGCUCUUUUACAAACAUUUGAUAUUCCCCAUAGUUUGAUGGGAAAUAAACCAUCUCAAAUAUAAAACAUUCAGUAAAAAGUAACAGAGAAGUGUCAGUCAUACAGCGGACCUUGUCAACAGACUGUUGUCAUGGAGACAGGACGGACAUGCAGCGCUUUUCUUCUCAGUGCACAAACGCUUCGUAUCAGAGCAUACGGCCUGAAACAAAAAACCGCUAGGUGGACACGGGGCCUUGAUUAGAGUCUGACCAAUCAAUCGGCCAAUCAAUCAGAAUAUUUUCAUUUAGCAAAAUCAACGACCUUUCUGACUUUAUUCUCAAAAAAUGUAACUUCUUCUUGCGACUGAUUCUGCAUCUUUCUCUCCGAUAAUAAUAAUUGAAAAUGGGAGUUUGAUCCUCGUCUGAGUGGACGUCAGAUCGUUUCGCUGCUUCAGCUUCAGGUUUUAAGUCUGGACAAAAUAAAACAUGAAAUGUUAAAGGUUCAGUGUUUCUGUCCUGCAGCCAAAGGCCCGAUCUGAUCCUCGAGUCCAUCGCAGAUUUGAUUUUAACUCAUCUUCUGUCCUUCCGUUUAUCCGCCCGUCUGCUCGCUGAGAAUCUGUUCAGCACACAGAGACUCUGGUGAAUCCUUCAGCUUUGAGUUUGAAGGGUUAGGAGUUCCUCUGAGGGGAUUAAACCGCACGUAAACAACAAAACAAAGCUGUCUGUUCGCCUCGACCUUUUCUAACCCCGAGGAAACUUGCAGGGAGGAGGUGAGCUUCAUUAUCUCCUUGCCAAGCAGAUGGCCUCGUCUCAGGAGCACGAGGCGGUUUGUGUGUGUUUGUGUUUCUAACAAAGACUCGUCAGUCUCUUUAAGUUAUUUCAUCCAUCGACGGUAGAGACUCUUGUCUCUCAUCGUCUCUUGUCCUCAGCACAAAAUGGUCGACCUGAACGCUCGUCAAUGAUUUUGAAGAACGAGUCCGCAGCUUCCCACAACUCGAUGUGACACUUCAGUAGAUAUGGCUUUGUUUGGAAACUGUCUCAAACUGCAGAGAGUUAUAAAUCAGAGAAAAGAUUCAAACAGAUCACAUCACUGAAGUCUUGGUUUGUUUUUGUGGCUUUUCUUUUGUCAUGAAAAUUGUUGCCAAAUGAUUAAAUCUCAAAGAGUCUGUGGUUAAA